GCUAUUGAGUUUGCUAUUUUGUAUAUUAACCUCUUAUCAGACGUAUCAUUUACAAAUAUUUUCUUUUCACUCUGUUGGUGGCUUUCCUGUUAGUUUUAUGAAGAGAGCUUUUGACUUCAAAAUUUCAGUCCCUAUACUCCCUAAAGGAAGAUCAUCUAGGAUUUGAGGGGGACACAACUGGAGAAAUUGAAAUACUUAGAAUGUUGUAUCAGUCUAGAUCUGGUCAGGAAAAAUGAGUUAUUGGAAACGUUGUGGGAGUAAAUGGGUUUAAUACAGGGAUUAGGUAUUCACAGAUGUACAAGAGUUAGAGGAGAGAAGGUUAAGUUAUAGCUAGAAAGUCAGGGAAAUAGCCAGUGAGGACCUUAGCCUGAUGCACAGAAAUGGGUGUUUUUCAAGAAAUUUGUCAGUAUACUGCUGCAAAUAUCAGGGAUUUUCUGGGAACUCUUCCACCAGUUAUUUUAAUCUGCCGUAGCAAAGCCAUGCUUGUCAAGAAGUCUAAGAGGCAGAAGCUGCUGCAUACCUUGAGCCUGUGGAUAUGCUUGGCUCACGUGACCCAAGAAUAAUGACCUUGCUUGAUUUCUGCUCUCCAAAUCUUGCCCAAGUUCUUCUCAUUAGCAAAAUCUGAUACUGAAAAGAGGGUUCUGGGAAAUCUAGUCCCUGGUAUGUCCUCUGCAUUGCAGAGGAAAAGAGACUGUUGCUGAUAGAAAAGGGAUAAUUAACAAUCCAGCACAGAGGUCAUAUCCCUGGUUGAGGUGAAAGAUGACAAGAGUCUGGGCAAGAAGGUAAUAGAAAAGUGGUAAAAAGAUAAAUUCAAAUAGAUUUAAAAAGUUAAAUUCAUAAAUUCUUGAAGUUAAAUUGUAAUAAUUUUUGAGGUCACAGGAUGGGGUGAGAAAGGGAGAGAGAGGAUUAAGGAUGUCUCUCAGGCUCUUACCUUGAGUUCCUGGGUAGAUAGUAGAAAUGCUAACUGAGAUAGAGAAUGGAAGUGGGCCAGUUUAGAGGAAAAUAUAAUACAUACAUUUUGACAUCCAAGUGCAGAUAUAUAGUAAAAAGCAGAAUAUGUAUCUGAAACUUUGAAGAAAUAUCUAAAGACACAAAUUUGGGAAUCAUUAGAAUUUAGGUAGGAGUUGAAGCCAUGAGAGUGGGUAAGAUUGUAUGGAAAAGAUUUGAGAAUAAAAAAAUCGUUGGUCAAUUAUAGAAUCCAACUGAAGGAGUCCAUAAGUAUGCCAAAACAGAAUGUUAAGAGGAAGACAUGAAAGCCAAAGGGUGGAAGCCAGGGAAGUAGAGGCUUAUGAAAAGAAAAGAAUGAGCAAUAGUUUAAAACAGUGAUGAGGCAUACCAAAUAAGGACCAAAAAGUGUUUGGAUUAGAUUUGGUAACUAGAAUGGUCAUUGGUGAAUUUCAUUGUGAAUAGUUUUUGUAGAGUGGUGUGGUGAGACACUGUAUUGCCUUAGGUUGGGAAAUAAAUGUGGGAUAAAGAAAUGGAAAUAGGGAGUAAAGAUUAUUAUUUUGACAAAUUUGCCUGUGGGAGAUAAUGACUGAGAGUGAUUCAGGAUUGAGGGAAAGCCUCUCUCCCUUUUUUUUUUCUGUCCCUACAUUCUUUCCUCUUUUUUUUUUUUUUUUUGAAUCAAUUUUAGCUUUCUCUUAUUCAUUUGAUAACUUAGAGAAACAGCUGGAAUAUAUGAAAUGCCAAGCUUGAUAACAGUAUUAGCAGGUCUGUGUAAAUCUCUUUUGGGAGUGGCGAGGGGAUCCUUAGAUCCCAUUGACAGUGACACCCUUUACUGUGAAGUUCAGGCUUAGUUAUGAACUAUAAUCUGUUACUAAUAUUAGAAAAUGCAUUUACCUCAAAAUUACUUUAUCUUCUUUCAGAAUCAGAAAUGUUAAAAAAAGAAUAUAAUAGAAAGCCUGGAAAAGUAGAAGCAUUGCAAGGCAUAUUUUUUGACAUAUACAAAGGACAGAUCACUGCAAUACUUGGGCAUAAAGGAGCUGGUAAAUCAACACUGCUAAACAUUCUUAAUGGAUUGUCUGUUUCUACAGAAGGAUCAGCCACUAUUUAUAAUACCCAGCUCUCUGAAAUAACUGACAUGGAAGAAAUUAGAAAGAACAUUGGAUUUUGUCCACAGUUUAAUUUUCAAUUUGACAUUCUCACUGUGAGAGAAAACCUCAGGGUAUUUGCUAAAAUAAAAGGAAUUCAGCCAAAGGAAGUGGAACAAGAGGUAAAAAAAUUAUAAUGGAAUUAGACAUGCAAAGCAUUCAAGACAUUAUCACUAAAAAAAUUAAGUGGUGGGCAGAAGAGAAAACUAACAUUAGAGAUUGCCAUCUUAGGAGAUCCUCAGGUGAGAGAAACAAUAUAUUUUUACAAUUAAUUUAGAUUCAAGGUUAUACUACUAUUAUUAAAGUCCAACUUCUACUGUAAUUACAAAAUGUGAGGGAAAAUUUAUAAUAAAGUACCAUGCAACCCUGUUAGGGAUCUGGUGGAGGACUGUAUUGGAGUCUAGAAAUCUUACUGGUUUUCAUGGUGCUUUCUGAAGAUCCCUACUGUGAAGAGGAAGAUGCUUUCAUAUGUUUCCUCCACUGUAGGUUUUGCUACUGGACGAACCAAUUUCUGUAUUGGAUCUCUUUUCAAGGCACUGAGUGUGGAGCCUCCUGAAGGAGAAUAAAGUAGACCGAGUUAUCGUCUUCAGUACCCAAUUCAUGGAUGAGGCUGACAUCUUGGCUGGUGAUUCUUGGCUUCUUUAUUCCAACUAGUUAUUUAAGGAUUUAAUGUGAGAGUUAUUUUUCAUAGCCUGUUUUCAAAAGAGGAAAAUCUUGUUUGCAGUUCAUUUGAAUGACUGUAUUCUAAAAAUGCACUUUGCCUCAGAGGAAUUCUGAUCUCCCAAUUACUUCUUAGACUCAUGCUUUAUGUAUCUUCUUCUUGUCUUUAACUUUCCUGACUGUUUACAUUAGUAACAAGUAUAUUUAAAACAUUCUUAAACACCAAUAUUACCCUUAAUAUAUAGAAAAAUCUUUAGCUGGGAAAAUUAUUUUUGAAUUUACGUUCCUUUGUUGCCAAUUUAGGAAGAUCUUUGUUUACUGAGUGAGGUGUCGAGUGUGAAGAUGCAAGAUUGGAAAAUUAGACAUAGAACAACAUAGUUUUGCCUAGGAAAUAAAGGCAAGUGGGAAGACUAGUUUCAGUGAGCCAGGAGAGUAUGUGAAUGGACAGUCUGAAAAAAAUAAAGCCAGAAAGGGACUCAGUGAAAACAGAAUAUUUUGUUGUGUAUAAAAUGGUGCAAAAUGUAACACUAUCCUCAAUUCCUUCAUGAAUCUGAGGUAAGAUAAGUUUUACUUCUUGUAUCAGUUAUUUCUUGUUUCAAUAAUGCUGUGUAAUGAAACUUCCUCAGAGUCAGUGCCUUAAAACAAUAAGUAUUUGUUUAGUGCAUGAGUUGGAGAGUUGGCAAUUUAGCAUGGGUUCACAGCCUAAAUUUUCAGGUCUUGACUGGAUCCACUCAUUUGUUAGGGGGUCAAGUAGCCAUUGACUAAGGUGACUCAAAAUUCGAGGUGUAAUUCAUUCUCAAGCAGGCUAGCCCAGUAGUAUUCUUGUGGCAGUGACUCAGCCUCAAGAGACCAAAUCCAAAUGCAGAAGCCCAUUUCAAGCCUCCACAUGCCAUUGGCUACAGCAAGUCAUAUGGGGCGUAACCCUGCAAAGUUACAUAGCAAAGUAUGUGGACAUAGGAAGAGGUGAAGAAUUGGGCCGUCGCUGGAAAGUUUUUGUGGCACUGGAUUAGUUAUGGGGAAUGCAGUGAAUUUCUGAAGCCUGUUUCACAAUAGGCAUGGGGAUUAGAAAUGAUACUGCACCCAGGGGCUUAAUGACAUUACAGUUGCAUUUAUAUUACAAGUGUCAUUCAGUGUUUGGUAUCCAAAGGAGAGAAUAUACUAUGUAAGGAAUUACUCUUUACAUAAUUUUUUGAAUCUUUCUUUCAAUUCAGAUAGGAAAGUAUUUCUGUCUAACAGGAAGUUGAAAUGUACCAGAUCAUCUUUGUUUCUGAAGCAAAAGUGGGAUAUUGGAUAUCAUUUAAGGUAUGUGUUCUAGAUGCAGUUAUUUUUAAAUGAGCGUGUUAAUAUGAGAGUGACAUUUUAUAGAAGCUUUUAGAAAUAUAAGAUAGGCAACUUAACUUUUGGUAGAAAUUGUUUUGCAAUAAAUGGCCUAAAAUGUCUUCCUCAUUAACAUUUCCUUUGUUGGUUAUCUCUUGGUUUUAAGCAUGCUAAUUUAAAAAAAUGUGUACUUCUCAAUACAACAUUUUUAAGCCAAUAUUUAUAAAGAAAAAAAUUAUCUUUAUGUCCUCAAUAAGCCAUUGAUUACUUUUAGCAAAACAAUUUGCCCUAAAAUUCUGUAGUUAUAUUCCAAAUCUAAUUGAUAGAAUGGCAGAAUAUCACAUGGGAACAUUUUAGAAAGCAUCAAAUAUUCACAAAUAAGCUCUGCAAAUAGAAGUUGCUGACAUUAAAAGAAACCAUUUACUGCAUAGAAAGCAACUGUUUACUAAAUACUUUAUUAAUUUUCCAGUUAUUCAGAAGCAAUGUUUCAUGUGUCUUACAGCCUAUUAUGUUAUAUAUAUAUAUAUAUAUAU